UUCUCUUGUCUUUUUUUUUUUCUUUGUUCUCCGAAUUUUACCACCCAAUCAAAAACGCUUCUCUUCUUCUUCUUCUUCUUCCAAAAAAAUUCGACCUUUGUUUCUCUGAGAUUUCAUAGAAAAGAUUUCAUUGGAAUCCGUGAGUGACAGAGGAUAAGGCGAUUAUGGGUUCCAUCUCUUUAUCCAAUUCUCUGCCCAUAACGCGACUUCCGCUACUUACUUCACUCAAUCAUCAUCAGUGCUUUCUUCCGAUUUCUUCUACAUCUUUCUCUCUUCCUCCUCUCUCUAAUCUUCGUCGCUCCUCCUCUUUUUCACCCUCAACCUCCGUCUCUGCCUUCUUCGCUGCUCCUGCCAGUGUCAACAAUAACAACUCUCUUCCCGCACGAAACGGGGGCUACACAGUUGGAGAUUUCAUGACACCCAGGCAGAAUUUGCAUGUUGUCAAGCCUUCAACCUCGGUCGAUGAUGCAUUGGAACUUCUGGUUGAGAAGAAAGUCACGGGAUUGCCUGUAAUUGAUGAUGAUUGGACUCUGGUUGGUGUUGUUUCUGAUUACGAUUUGCUUGCAUUGGACUCCAUCUCUGGCCGCAGUCAAAAUGAUGCAAACUUGUUCCCUGAUGUCGACAGUAGCUGGAAAACGUUCAAUGAACUCCAGAAACUGAUUAGUAAGACAUAUGGAAAAGUUGUUGGAGAUUUGAUGACACCUUCUCCUCUAGUUGUCCGUGAUUCUACCAAUUUAGAAGAUGCAGCCAGGUUGCUUCUGGAAACAAAGUUUCGAAGAUUACCAGUUGUGGAUGCAGAUGGAAAACUGAUUGGGAUCCUUACAAGGGGAAACGUUGUUAGAGCAGCGCUGCAGAUCAAACGGGAAACCGAGAACUCUACAUAGCUAGCUAGUAAGCAGCAGUUAUAGAGCAGAUCCCUCAUAUCUGCUAUAGUUUAUAGUAAAAUAUAUUUAUUCCAUUGAUAAGUAUAUAUAAUAUAUGUAUGCACACAUUCACAAACAAUUUUUUGUACUUUAGGAGUUACAUUUCUCAGACUCAGAACUCUAGACAAAUGGUAUUUGAUACACA